AUGGAGCGUGGUAAAAUGUCUUCUGCCGGUCGCGGUGGAAAAAGCAAGGCUCCUCAGCAUCCUCAGGAUAUAUUUGCUCUUGGUAGCAAGUCUACUGUUGUAGUUUCGAGAGAUUCUGAAAAACGGAGUAUCCAUAAGCCUUCAACUAGUGGGGUUGUAGAAAGAAAACGGGAAAACUCAGGAUUUGGAAGUCAACCUCCAAGUAAGAGGUCACGUAUUGGAUCUCCAGCAGAGUCAGUGACAACAACCUCUCUCGAAAUUGAUCCUGUAGAUUUGGUUCCUAAUGUGUUACAAGCUUUAGAUACACAUAAUUCUGAUAAGCUUUUGGGACUCUUAACAGGUUCAAUACGCCUAUUAAAAUCUCAGCGCUCAAAGCCUGACCCUAUACUAUGUAUGGGUAUGCUGUACCUAACAAAGAUUCGCCCCAAUAUGUUUGCCCAUGAGACUGUAACGCAGACGUUAUGCACGCUGCUAAAGAGGGAGCAAGGAGCAGCAUUUAAAAGCAAAGGCAAUCCUUUAGUGUUUGUGCUUGCCUGCAAUAUGUUGUAUGCCGGGCAUAAGGAUAGCAAUAAUUGGCCAGAUACGUUUAUUAAGGUGUAUUUGGACGAUGCCCUCAACGAAAGAUGGUGGGUGGAUUGCUCGUGGUGCAAAUGCUUGGUGGAGAAUAUCGUGACGGCCUUCAGUACUAAACAGCCGCCAACGCAUCUUAUUCCAUCGGACAAUACCCUUGGUACAAUGUCUCCAUCAGGUUCAGGGUCACCCUUGAUGGGAAGCACAGAAGAUGAUGUUGAUAAUACCGAUUUGGAGUACACUGUUUUCCCAAGAUAUUCAAGCAGCUAUGAAACGGUGGAGGCUCUUGUGCUGGAGGCCAUUAAGGAGCAAAUACAAAGACGGGCAGCACCUGAUGCUAUGGGCAAGGGAUUUUUAAAGUUACUAUCUGCUACAUGCGGCUUUCCUGAAAUUCGCAUGAUAGCCGCAUCCCGUCUAGAAGGCUGGUUACAUUCGGGUAAAACGUGGCGCGCUGCGCAGGAGUUGCUAGCGUAUGUGUGCGCGAAUGCAUGCGCAUCUGGACCGAGCGCUGCGCGUGAUCACGAAGUUUUAGCGCAACUCGCUCGUAUGCGCCUUAAGACUAAACCGUUGCAGAGUGCGUACCAGGCUUGUCUUAGGGAGAUGGUGUCAGAUAGUCCCGCUCUCCUGCGCAGUGUUGUAACGCACACGAUUUAUAAUGAGCUAUCGAACGUGCGUUCACCAAACAACAUGGCGGUACUUGCUGCUCUCAUACACGCGCAACCGCAACUUGUACCAGCCGCCAUGGCUGAAACUUAUCAGGAACUACUUCUUCGGACUGAAGAUUAUCUGCGGCCACUGCGGGCACUUACUCGCGAGUGUAUACGUGCCGCCCGUUCCGAUACGCAAGCAUUACUGCCAUUGGCGAGAGCUCUUGCGCACCCACCACCACACGAACCGCCGCAAGAGAUUCGGGAGCGAGCAUUUUCCUCUAUAGCGGAUUUGUUCUGCUGCUGCUGUUUAGUAACGGCGGCGCACCGUGCGCAUUGCAGCGAGUAUAGAGCGCACUUAUGCGCGUUGCAGCAGCAAGCGCUGGCUUGGAUGCUAGAUACAGCCGUCACCGUUUACCGUCCACAACGUCACGAAUACCAGCAUGCCCUGAAUAAGAUAAUGUUCGUGGAGCCAGCAGAAACCUAUAGCAAAGUAGAUAAUUGGCCACCAGAAUCUGAACGCGCGCUGACAUACCGUUUGUGUUGUGAAGCGCCUUUAUCACAGCACACCAUCCUACGUCUUAUUUUUAUUGGACUCUCUAAGGAAAUUCCCAUUCCUCCCGCUGAAGUCUUCGAGCUGUUAGAACAAUUGGUGCGCCGUGCCUGUGCUCUGCCACCAGAGGAUGGACCGUUGCAAGUAGACAAGCUUGAAAUAGCUGACUACAUUUUCCAGUUGUGUCAAUUCCAUCCACCCGAAAAUAUCACUUUGCCAGCUGGGUACACACCACCGUCUUUAGCUAUUACGGCAUUAUACUGGCGAGGUUGGCUAGUACUGACGAUGCUUGCUGCACACAAUCCGCAUCAGUUUGCUGAGCGUGCUGCAACCACGUAUCCUACUCUACGGGCCCUUAUCGAGUGUUGUAUAACAGGAAAGCCUUCUAUAGAAUGGAGUACCGCUACAGCAGAAAACGAACGGUCUGAAGCGGAACGAGCAGCUAUUUUGCAGCUCGAGACACAUCUAGCUGCUGCUAGCAAUGCUGCUAACAAAUUGCCGCUUCCCAUUACUGAACAUUCGUCUAGAUUGCUCAGCCAGUUAACUUUGUUGGAACCCCUUGGCCCAGCGAGGCGUCCACCUGCGGCUGUAAUAGAAGCGUUGCAGGGACUAAGCUCUCAGUUGCGAUUGGGCCGACUUUUAUGUCGCCAGCCAGCUCUAUUGCUUCAGCUAGUGGAACGGCAUGGUACGCGACGUGCGAUGCCCUGGUUGCAUCAGCUACUGCGUCACGAAAGACUGGAGCUUAGCGUAUUGCCAGUUCAGUGUCUCUGUGAGUUUCUAUCAGCGGGCGGCGCGGGGGGACCUGGCGAAACGAGCAAGACGGGCGAGUUGUGUGCUCAUGUACGCCGCACUUUACAAACAGAGGAGGGGGCGCGGGCCGUCCUUCACUAUUACAUGCAACGACUUUCUCAUGCGCAUGCGCCGACUAGAGCUUCAGCUACCAGGGGAUUGAAGCUGGUGCUAUCUACAUCAGAAGAUACAACAGAACUGGACUAUAAUGCUGAUGUUAAUCCUGAGUCUUGGUUACCAUUAUUGCCGUCCCUUCGACACUGGGAAGCCCUAAAAGGGGAAGCGCUUAGACGAAUCCGUGCUGCGCUGCUAGUUGAGUGCAUACCGGAACACCUUGCUGCCUACCUUGCUUUUCUCGCGGAAAACUCCACUGAAUCUCAACCUGAGGAGUUGACUGAUACAGUGCUGGAUCUCAGUCAAGUAUUGAUGGAACGGACAACUGUUAUCGGUCACGUUUUACCAGCGACAGAGCGGCGUGGUGAUCAGCGCGCACACCACCGCGCUUUACACGCCGCUACAACUAUUUUGUACACGCAUUUGAGACAGGUACUAGCAAUGGGACCUCAAGCGGAACCCCCGGAAGCAAUGGAUGAAGGCGCUGAGGGUAGUACUAACUGGGCGGGUGGAGAAAAGGUUACUUUGCAAUGGGCGAGCGGACGUCGCGCUACCCUACAUGUACUAACUGCGCACGCGCAUCUUAAGCUACUAUGUUAUGGCCCCUCCUUAUUUGACGUAAACCAGGAGAUGUAUUCUUGGCUGGUAACCAUGUGGGUAGGCGCGGACGCUCCAGAUACUAUUGUAACUGAAUCUGUAGAAGAGGGCGUUCUCCUUCCGGAUUGGCUGAGAUUACACAUGGUGCGGUCAGCGCGUCCAGCAUUACUGGAAGCUGGUCUUAGAGGUCUUCCAGCUCAUAAGCUGGCUUUAUUUAUACAGACGUUUGGCAUGCCUGUACCUUCAAUGAGUGCAUUAUUAAGUGCGCUGGAUGCAUGUCCAGCGGCUGCCGUGGUUCGUCUAGGUGUUGAGCGUGGCUAUAUGUCACAACUGUUACGAGUGCAGCGAGCUCGUGGUGCCACUGGAGGCGCAGCUUUUGCUGCAGCGUUGAGAUUGCAACGGUCACAGCCUCCACCAGAUGACACCUUGUUUGAAGAAGAGCGUCUUCCGGAAGAGGUUUCUGAAGCUUGGGAGUGCGCCCCCGCGGCGCUCCGCCUCACUGGCGAGUCUACUACUGCUCUAUUGGCUUCCGCGUUUACUGGGGCCAAAUUGUACUUUGGUGAUUUGGAUAGCGCCUUUACACAACUUAACAAUCAAAUUGUGGAAGAGAGUAAAGUGGGCGGUGGAUCGUGUACGAGAAGCACCCUGGAAUUCUUAAGCGGAGCGGGUAGCGGCGUUGACGCCGUGCGUGGGUUACUACACCGGUCGGCGUAUUCUGCGCCGCUAAUUAGGACACUAGUUCAUGCUGCGCCCCCAAAGCUUUCCGAGAUCUGCAGGGCACUACUAAUACACGUUAGUUACGUGCGGGGUCCUGUGGUGGAUGCACUUCGUGCCGGAGCGGGCGUUUCUCGCACCGGUGACAAUCCACUGCCGAAUCUACCGCCAGUCGCAACUAAGGAACAGAUUAUUGCUGUGUUCGAGUCUGCAACAUCCAGCACCCUUGAAUCUAUCGGUAACCACAUCAUUGAGACACAGGAUACUCAGGUCGUAGUGGAUGCCAUAACACAGCUGCUACAGAACAAUCAAGAUGGCAAAUAUGAUGUGCCGGUUAAAGAAGAGCCGGGACAGAGUAUCGCGCCUACAUCGGUACUUUCAGGUAGUACGUUGGGUUGUGGACUACUCUUGGACUGGCUGGCUGAGUUGCACAGGGAAACACUGUCGAAAUUGAUGCGUGUCAUGUUCGUGAGUGGGGGUGCCAGUUGGCGGCCAUUGCUCGUUGCUUUAAUGGCGCAGCGGGCGUCGUGGCGGACUUUGCACGCCUGCUUGGAUGAGCUACUGCGGGCCGAUGGAAAGUGGGCAGCUCGAGCAGUGCUAGAGUUUGCUGAAACGUUAGUGAAUAGCCCAAGGAUAUGGCAAGGAAGAGAUCGAGCUACGCCUAAACAUUACGUUCCUGAAGAUACUCUCAGGCUUACACACAAACAGCUGGAUGUUUUGAUCCGUUACGUGGGAGAGGAAGCGUGGGCGGUGCAAAAAAUAGAGGGGAUGGAGGGAGCACGGCGUCGUAUUGAAGCGCGAUUACCACUAGUUCUACGAUGCUGUGGUGCACCGCACGCGCUGCUUGCUGCUGCCUUGGCUGCUAGUGAGUCGCACCCACUGCUAUUACUCCUAAUGUAUAUGAAGGUACCUAAAAUCCUUCAGUUACUCCGCGAAUGCGAGGAAAGACCAGGGUCAAAUCCCUUAGACAUUGAUCCUCCGGAACUAAGAGCAGCGGCGCGAUCCUCCACCAGCGCAACAGACCGAGUGUCGCACACUCUUCUUACUGCUCUCGCACCUAAUAUACACCAAUCUGGCAAGGAGCACACACAAAAAGCAUGGCGUAUAGAAGCAGCAGCUCGCGCGGUGUGGUCCCGGGUAGUGGGUGCAGGGGAACGCGCUCUCCCUCUGGCCGGUGCACUAUUGCGAGGAGUGCGAGCGAGACACCAUCAUCAUUUACUUGCUGCAUUGGAGAUGUUACCCGAUCAAGAAUUAUUCGCCGCACCGGCGAGCGAAGAGAUCCAUGGUAUCUUAGAAUGCUUCCUGACGUUAGUGUGCGGAGGCGGCGGCGGGUCGGGUGCUCUGCCCCAUCGAGUGGCCGCACUGCUACGACGUUACUUAGCCGCUAGACCACAGCGAGCUGCCGCACUUAUGCAUAAACAUAGAGAAGGCAUUUCAAACCAACCAGCGCUCAGCGGCGUAACGAGCGGAGAAGCCAGCUCCAGCGUGACACCACCUCCUCACGCUUUGACGGCACUGCAAAGACGCCGUGCUACACCUGACGAAUUGCACUGGCUGCUUCAGGAGGUGGAAGCAUGGGGCGUUCGCCGCGGUGGUGCCUGGGGAGGUCCACGGAGUGCGGACGCAAUAUUGCGCUGUGCAGCUCCGCUUGCAGCCUCAUCGCACGCUCCGCUUCGUCAGGCAGCACUCUCACUGCUUGCUAAAUUGUUGCCGGCGGCGCCAGAUACACGACCCGGUUUACAAGCCAUCUUAGAAUGCCUGGAGUCACCACAGCCGGAAGUAGUUGCGAGUAUCCUUGAAAAGUUACCAGAACUAAUAGGCGGAAUACAAGAGCAUGGAGCGAAAUUGUUUGAUGUGUUGUUUGAACUGGGCGUAAGUUCCCGCGCACCUGUAGACACGUGCUUGGCGAAAUGUGUGUCGGCCAUUAAUCUUUUGCGAGCAUGCUAG